AUGAAUCCGUAUGCAGCAAACUAUGGUACGAAUUUCGUCACAUUGGCCAGGAUAAUGUUGAAGUUGGUGUCCAGCACAACCAGACAACGUAACCAAGAAUAAAAAAGCCAUGAAAAGUGAAGAUGAGAUAUUUACGAGGUUCGGCGACGAGUGACAGUAACGGACACCUCGUUAACACCGCCUGUCUUUUGUCCGCGGCACGUGCCGUCCAUGUUUGGCUUGUAACAAUGUCUUAAUUACCUUAAUUACCGUAUCGGCAAAUGGGACCACAAAAAAAGAAGCGACAACACAUUUUCGCGCCAAUCAUUUUGUCGGAAUGGACUAUUUGAUGGACGUCAAGGACAGUAGAGGUAAAUGUAGAUGGCGAAUUUCUCUGGUCGAAAGUACAAAAAAUAUUGAGAUUUUUCAGUUUCGAACCCCUGGGAAAAAGGGUAGAGAAUAGGGAGAAGAGAAAAAGUCUGAUAGAAGUUUCGAAAAAAUAAAACCUUGUAGAGAACCCAAUUAAGGAGGGCUUACUGAAAAAAACAAAAAAAAAAUAUCUAAAAUUUUAUUCUAUAAAGAACAAAUUUUUGGAUUGGCUCGAUUUUUUGAAAAAAUUGCUUCAUUCCCAAUUUACAUCGAUCUGUUCGAAAUAGAGACGAGUUCGAAAACAGAUAAAUCAAAAAAAUAAAAAUAAAAUCAACAAAAAUUCGAAUAUGUGUGAAAAGGAAAAGUUAUUUUAAUUUUUUUUAAUAAAAGCUUAAUUGUAGUUAAAAAAAUACGACUAAUUACUCGAAAUGAGUGAAGUGCGUUUUUGAAGAACUGUAAAUGAUCAAGAAACAUGAUCAAACAGUCCCUAAUACCAUUAAUGGAAAAAAAUUUAUCUAUUAAAAAAAGUAAAAAAAGUUGUAUGAAGAAGAAUAGAAAAAAAUAAAACGACUAGUACUUCAAGAUCAGAAAGGUCAAGGUAUCAUUAAUAUAAAGGAAAAUGCUUGAAAGUAUAGGGCUUUACUGGAUAGUCGAAUUCGAAAAAAUCCGAAAAUUACCAAAUGACAUCUCAAAAAAAAAAGGUUGAAGUUAGGUUAAAAUGAGGCGGAAUAGCUGGAAAGUGCGCAAUGACGUUACACAGAACAUCCGCCGUCGGGACCACACAAAUUACGAGGCUUUCGCAAAGAUAACAUUGGGUUGGUUGGUGAGAGGCCACCAACAACUGGCCGUUUACAUCGCUUUUGAUGGAUCCGCGUUGAAAGUGUCGCGGCUUUUGAACAAACUUUUCAAAUCUGCCAAGGACAAUGCUUUUGGCCACGCCUCCUUGUUCUUCCGACAACAUGCUACCGUAGCCGCCUGGCGACAGCGGCGGUGUUCUUGA